GCCAUAAGAGCGAUCUCGUUCCACCCGGGUGGCGAGUAUCUUUUGGUGGCGACGAAUCACUCUACGUUGAGACUGUAUAAUAUCGAGACGCAGCAGUGUUAUGUGUGUGCCGUGCCCACUGACCAGCAUACUGACGGCAUUAUGGAUGUUAAUUACUCGGAGAACGCUCGAUUGUAUGUAACGGGAUCGAAGGAUGGCGAUGUGAAGGUGUGGGAUGGCAUAUCGAACCGAUGCGUUGAGACGUUUCAGAGGGCUCAUGAUGGGGCGCAGAUAUCGAGUACGGCAUUUACGAGGAAUGGGAAGUAUAUUCUAACGUCGGGACUGGACAGUGUUGUGAAACUAUGGGAGCUGUCGACGAAUCGCUGUCUUAUAGCGUAUACGGGCGCGGGCGCGACUGGGGCGCAAGAGCACCCGAUUAGGGCGCUGUUCAAUCAUAAUGAGGACUAUGGUGGGGUAUUUUUGUUGUAUCCGGACGAGAAAUCCGGAAGUUUGUGUUCAUGGGACGCCAGAAACGCGGANGAGCACCCGAUUAGGGCGCUGUUCAAUCAUAAUGAGGACUAUGGUGGGGUAUUUUUGUUGUAUCCGGACGAGAAAUCCGGAAGUUUGUGUUCAUGGGACGCCAGAAACGCGGAUAGGAAACGGCUGCUGGCAUUAGGACACACGGCGCCCACACGGACAUUCUGUCAUUCGCCCACAAUGCCCGCGUUUGUGACGGGUAGUGAUGAUUUCAGGGCGCGAUUCUGGUAUAAGAAAGCGCAGUGA